CUCAUCUCAUAAUUAGAUAAACGCGUAUUAACUUGUUACUCAAAUAUUUGGAGCCUGCUAUACUCAGGAUUCUUAGGAGAUCUGAGUAGUCAAAGGACACCAUGUCUAUUUCUGAAAUGCGAAAAGACACGGACAUUAUGAAACUCAUGAUGAAGGACUAUUAUGUAGAGACUGAUGCUCAAUCGAAAAACGUUUUUGUAGUGUUAUUGAAAGGGCCAACAGAUAGUCCAUAUGAAGGAGGAAUAUGGAGGGUUAGAGUAGAACUACCGUCACAAUAUCCCUAUCGAUCGCCUUCGAUAGGAUUCCAAACAAAAAUUUUUCACCCUAAUGUAGAUGAAGCUUCCGGCUCAGUAUGUCUUGAUGUUAUCAAUCAGAGCUGGUCACCAAUGUUUGACUUGUUGAAUGUAUUUGAAGUUUUUCUACCGCAGCUGUUGCUGUAUCCCAAUCCCAGUGAUCCCCUUAAUAGUAAUGCGGCUUCGAUUUAUUUGAGGGACAAAAAUGAAUUCGAAAUGGUAGUCAAGAAACAUGUAGAAAUGUAUGCAUCAUCCCCACGCGUUGGGAUAGCUGACCCCAAAAUACCGGACGAGGAGGAACCUCUGUCGGACCUAGAAUAUCCCUGUGAGGAGAGUAUAUUUGAAUAAAAAA